UCGAUAUUUCCGCUUGUCACGCGGAUUUCGGUCGCAACGGGUCCGGAAGUCGUGCGUUGCAGAUACAGCGCGGCGAUCUUUGGCGAGUAACGCUGACUCAUCCGUCCAGGCGUAUCGAGUGAUGAAAACGUUAACCUUGGAGUAAAAGAUUUUUUGCAUAUCUGUACCUCAGAGCCAGACUAGGAAGCCUUACGGCCUCUUCAUCCGCGACACAAAACUCAAGCGGCGCGCUAUUUUGAAAAACGGCGAGUACAAUGUCUUGCAACCCAAAUUCCCGAACCGAUAUUGGAACUAUUUGAGAGAUCCUUAUACCAGUCUAGUUGAUGCAGAAUGGAAAUGGAACCUUCAGGCGAUGGCCAUAGGGUUUCUGGGGUGCUGGUUGACCUUUGCCCUUCUCUGGUGGUUGAUUGCAUUCGUUCAUACGGAUCUUCAAGAUGAUCAUUUACCCGACAGGCAGGGAGAAACAGGUUGGACACCAUGUGUACUGAGCAUCUACGGAUUUCCUUCAUGCUUUCUGUACUCUCUGGAAACUCAGCAUACAACUGGAUAUGGCCUCCGAGCAAUCACAGAAGAAUGUCCUGAAGCUAUAUUCCUCAUGUGUGCUCAAUGUCUCAUUGGUACAAUAAUUGAUUCCUUCACAGUUGGAGCUGUCAUAGCUAAACUCACUAGACCAACGAUGAGUAACAACACGAUUAUGUUCACUAGAAAUGCUGUCAUUUGUCUCAUGGAUGGUGUACUUUGCUUGAUGUUCAGGUUAGGCGAUCUACGAAAAAGAAAACUUAUAGGUGUCAGCAUAAGUGCAAUUUUAAUCCGCACGAAGCGAACAAGAGAAGGAGAACGUUUAGACAACUAUGAAACUCCCCUAGAACUACAGUGUGAUGAUAUGGGAAGCGAUAUAUUCUUCCUCUGGCCAAUGACAGUCGUCCACAAAAUAGAUGCUGAUUCACCUUUUUACAACCUUUCCGCCAGUCAAAUGUUAAACGAAAAUUUUGAAAUAGUUGUGACGUUGGAAGGGUCAAUAGAAAGCACUGGACAAGGCACCAAUGCGAAAACAAGUUAUCUGUCAUGUGAAAUACUUUGGGGACAGAAAUUCGUAAACCUCGUGAGCUUCAAUGAGAAACAUCAAAGUUAUGAAGCUGACUUCAAGCUGUUCGAUAAGAUGGAAUGGGUUGAAACGCCCUUUUGCUCUGCUGCUGAGUAUGAGGCUCAAGGCAACGAAGAAAACAACACAAAAACAACUGAAGGCAACUCGAUCACCUAUACUGACUCGACAAAAAAGGAGAAGGAAGAUACAUUGCAAUGCAAUGGUGUAGCUGAAGAUACUGUAGCAAAACAUGGUAAUGAGUUUGAGGAACAUGAACUGAGUAAAGCUCAUCAGGAAUCAGGAGAUUGGGAAUAUGGCAAACAGCGGAUUCCGGUUUAUCAAGAUGUCAUUUAUGAAGAAGAUGAAUGUGAAGAUAGCGAUGAAAGAGCAGAUACCCCACCUUUUCCUGUGACUUGGGUCUAAAUACAUUUCGCGCUACAUGACUAUUUGUAUAGCUAGUAGGAUUUUCUUUGUGAUUCAAAACAAGUCCCUCUGCAACCAUGUCCUACUAAGUAGCAACAUUCAAAAUCAUUACUCACUUCCGAAAUGGUUUCUGCUCGGACAGGUUAACGCACAUCACUCUCUUCUUAAUUAUGUUUAUACAUGUCUUGAUAGAAGGAGGUUUGCACUCUUCUUCGAGAUGUCCAAGGCGUUCUUAUACAAUAGUCAUUAAAUCAUAUUUGAAUCAUCGAUAAUUUGUAGUGAAUGUUUGUCUAGGCGUCUCCAAGGUUCCACUUUGAGACCACCUUAAUUUAUUUGCUCUUUACUGUUAACCGUAGAAAAAUGAAUAUCAGCAAGCUAAUAGCGACGCAGUUUUGUACUGGGUCAGUAUCUAACAGAAGUAAUUUAUUACAGUAGUAUUUCAGGUGGAAGAGUGCGGAUCGACAACUAAUGUUUGCAUCAGAUUUAUGUACUUUUUCUUUUUCUGUACUUACAUGAGC